ACCGGAAGCACAACAGUAACUGAGCAGGCAAACGGUGAGCACGUCGGCCUGAGCUUCUCGGCUUUCGUGUGAACGUCAAACUUUCGUUUACCACCGAUAUUUGGAAAAGGACUAUAUUCUUUAUUUUUCUUGUUCUCAUUAGUAACUAGAAGCAAGGUUUGAAAAUGGGAGGCGGCGAUCUGAAUUUAAAGAAGAGCUGGCACCCCCAGACUAUGAAAAACAUCGAGCGCGUUUGGAAAGCCGAGCAAAAACAUGAAUCAGAACGGAAGAAAAUCGAGGAGCUUCAAAAGGAGCUUAAGGAGGAAAGAGCCCGCGAAGAGAUGACGAGAUACGCCGAGGAAAGCGGUGCCAUCAAAAAGAAGGAUGAUCGUUUGGAUUGGAUGUACCAGGGCCCUUCCAAUCAGGUGUCCAGAGAUGAGUAUCUCAUGGGUCGCCCCAUUGACAAGCAGAUCACUGAUCAAUAUCAAGAGCCUGAAAGUGGCCCAUCAGCAGAGACUGGACUUCUUCCUGGCUCCAUCUUCAGCCCCAUUGCUGCUACCUCCAGCCUGGACAUGGCCGCCAAGAUCAGAGAAGACCCUCUUUUUGUAAUUAGGAAGCGUGAGGAGGAAAAGAAGAGAGAAGUCUUGACGAAUCCAGUGAAGAUGAAGAAAAUUAAAGAAAUGCUGCGCCAGAACCUCGACAAGAAAGACAAGAAAAAAAAGAGGAAGAAGGAUAAGAAGGAAAAGAAAGGAGACAAAGAGAAAAGAAAAGAGAAGAAACACAAGAGAAGCCACUCAAGUAUGAGUUCAGAUGAUGAUGAAGAAGACAAAAAAGACAGGUCACACUCACGAGAUGGAACUGCCUCUCACAACAAAUCUCAUUCCCAUCAUCUUCCUGGCUACGGCCUCCUGAUUCCUGCCGGAAAACAAUACCAGUCCUCCGCUUUGAAUCACUCAAGACGCCAUGAGAGGAGUCGAAGCCGAUCUCCCGCCAGAAAAAAUGGGGAAAUGCAUUCCUCUUCCUCACACCGAAGCGACAGGAAGAUGGAGGUCAGAGGUCGUAGCCCGCAGAGAGAACGUUACCAAAGGCAACGGAAUCAUGUGUCAAAGAAGCUCUCUGCAGAGGAGCUGGAGCAGAGGAGAAAGGAGAUGAUGGACCAGGCCAAGAAGAGAGAUGAGGACAGGGAGAAUAACAUGAGAAGAUAUAUGAAGCAAGAUGAGCAGGAAAAACAGCGGGAACAAAAUUCCAAGCAUGAACGCCAUGCUGGUUUUAUCCAUGACAUGAAGUUGGAGAGCGCUGCCACGUCAUCUUUGGAGGACAGAGUGAAGAGGAAUAUCCACUCCAUUCAAAGGACACCAGCUUCAUUGGACAAUUUCAUGAAGAGAUGAACAUGCACAAUACUGUAAAUACUGAUAUCCCGAUAUAUAUAUUUUUUAAACUAAUAGGCAAAAAGAACCAGAUUAUUUCAUGAAUAUACUGUACUUAGUAGAGGAUUGGAUGAUGAUGAACAAUAAGGCAAUAUCUGCGUAAAAUCCAUAUUCUGUACUGUAAAAUAAUUUUGUAGAAAACCUUUGCCGCUGUGUACACAUUGUAAAUUAUUCUUCUUCCAGUCAAAUGGAACAUCCAUUUGAUUGCUUUACUAUAACUGUUAUGUGUUUCUGCAAACAAACAUGAUUAAAAGAUUAUUCCCAGAAGUCA